AAUUAUACUCCUCUUCUUUUCUAAAUCACAUUAAUUAAUAUCGUCAAAAUUAAGAGUUUAAGAAUUCCUGUUUCCCUUGUAACGUCGUUUUUUCCUACGAAAGCCUACUUUGCACGAUUCUAUAUGUACAAACGACAAUUUUAAUUGCUAUUAAUCGUAUAAUAGGAAUUACCAUUGUUUUUUUCUUCAGAAUUAAGAAAUUAUAAAUUUAUUAGGCGUAGUAUGUAUAUUGUAUAAGACACAAAUACUUAAAUAUUUCGUUGUAUAGUAAACGAUGAAUAAAAAUAAAGUAGAUUUUAAUAUGAGUAAUGGAGUACAUCAUUUAUUUGAAAGCGAUAUCUUAGGCAUUUUAGGUCAGAUGUAUCCCACCACUCGUAUUAACGCAUAUCUUCAUAUCGUGUGUCUUCUGUAAUGUAUAGUUAAAGCAGUCGAGUAAAAUUCUUGAUAACUUUAUUAUUGGAACAGGUUGAAUUUCUUUCAAAAAUGUUUGCUGAACUUUUACCAUUUUGGACGAAAUACGGGUAUCAUAUAUUAAUCUUUAUCAUAUCUUGCGUUUUUUUAAAAGUUUUUUAUGAAAUAUCGAGAAAGGGCGCCGUUCUUAUUCAGAAUAAUAAAUAUAAUUUUAAUACCUUGAAUAAUACAGUACAGCAGCUAGAAGAAACAGAAGAUAGCGAAGAACCUGCGCUACCAAAAGAUUUAAAACACAUUCCAUACGAAUAUAAAAGACCCUCUGAAACAGAGUUACUCUCUAAAGCUUCAGAGUUUUAUAAAAUAGUAGCUCCUAGAAGAAGUGUAAGAUUUUUCAGUUCAGACCCUGUACCAAAAGAAGUUGUACAAGAGAUAAUAAAAGCUGCAGGUACAAUAUUAUAUUAUUACAUUCAAAAAACUUCUUGUACAUCUGAAUCUGUUUUAGGCACUGCGCCUAGUGGUGCUCAUACAGAACCAUGGACAUUCGUAGCGGUAUCAAAUCAGAAGAUGAAAGAGCAAAUACGGUGUAUCAUUGAAACUGAAGAAGAAAUUAAUUAUACAAAAAGAAUGGGAGUAAAGUGGACAACAGAUCUACUUCCAUUAAAAACCAAUUGGAUUAAAGAGUAUCUGACUACCGCUCCUUAUUUGAUACUUGUAUUUAAACAAACUUAUGGAAUUUUACCUAAUGGAAAAAGAAAAGUUCAUUAUUAUAAUGAAAUAAGCACAUCGAUUGCUUGUGGUAUCCUUAUCGCUGCUAUACAGUACGCAGGUUUGGUAACUCUGACUUCUACUCCAUUAAACUGUGGACCUGCCAUUCGCAACCUUCUUAAACGUCCUCCAAAUGAAAAGCUUCUUGUACUAUUGCCAAUUGGGUAUCCAGCGAAAGAUGCAACAGUGCCUGAUCUUCAGCGAAAACAAUUAUCUGAUAUUUUAGUAGAAAUUGAUUGACAUGUAUGUAUCGACAUAUCAUCAAAAUUAAUUACUCCCUAUUUAAUAAUAAUACUUUUAUCAGAAUAUUUGCAUGCUUGUGGGAUAAUAUAAAAUAGGUGUACACACAAUCAUAGAUUUAU